ACAAAUUUUAAUCUCAUUUACAAUUUUAUUAAGUAGUAUUAAACAAACCGCUGAGCGAGUCGCAUUCAUAAAAAUAACAUAUUUACCAGUAAAAAAGCUUCAAAUAUGAGGACUUUGAGACUGGUGCUCCAAUUCCUGCUCCCCAGUUUGGUGCUGGUUUCAGGAUAUUUUCACAGGAGCUACAAAUACUCCCCGGAGCUGAUGGCCGAGCUGAAAGACUUUGAAAAGCUGAUUCCCACAGUGACCAUCGACGAAGUGGUCGCCGAGCAUAUGAUUACGGAUUCCGGAUUUCGCAAAGCCAUUAAGUUUUUGCGCAGCUCCGAUUUCAAGAGGCUGCAACAGCGCAUUGAAUCCCUGCCAGAAGUUGUGGAUCUGAUUAACUUUGUGCACCUCAAUGACACGACCCAGAGAACUGUGCCAAAGUACUGGCAUCGGAAUCACACAUACAACAGGCUUCGCAGGUCGGCUCAUCAUGACCUCAGGGAGCAGAUUGUUUUGGUGCUAUUUGAAUCGGGUUCAGAGGUCAGACAGCUGAGUUCCUUCACCAGUUUCGUGCAGGAAAUACUCACGCAUUUGCCCCGCGAUCGAUUUGUGUCUCUGAUCAAUGAGAAGCGGCAGAAGAGCGCUUUAUUCGCUAAAUUCUAUCAGGCUCUGAAAAGCGCCGAAUUCAAGGCGAAGUCCGAGGCAGCAUGGAACACCACGAAUGUACAGAGCGUGGUUCAAGAACUAUCGCGACACGCCAUCGAUGGCCAGGAUCUGAAGACCAUUGGCUAUGAAGUCAUCUCGUGGGGUCCAAACGUAGUGUGAGACCUUUCCUUCGAGUUAAGGCCAAUAAAACUUUGUGGUGAAGCUAAAA